AUGGAUGAUUCAGACGAAGAUUAUAUGACGUAUGGGCGCAGGACUCAGCGUUUUGUCUUGGAAGGGAAGCAUAUAAGAAAACAUAAAGAUGGCAUAGAAAAUUUUAAUGAUUAUUUUUCGGGUACGGAUGAAGAUUCGAGUUCCGAUGGAAGCUCAAAAGUAAAAACUCAUCACCAACGAGGAAGACAGAUCAAUACAGGGAAGUCUUCGGUUGAACAAUAUCUGGAUGAUGCGGAAGAUGCAGCUUUAAGAGUAGAUAAUAUUUCAAAUGGUAAAGCUCACCUCAAACAAAAUAGAACUUUGGUUGCAAGAAAUGCUUCACUAGAACACAAUCUGCAAGAAACAAGCCCAUCCUCUGAAUCAGAAGGUGAAAUUGUACUGUUAAAAGUAAAUAACAGUUCAAUUGUGAAAAUUCAUAGCAAAACUGAUAGACAAUUAGCAGCAAGAACUUCUUCUCAGCAUAAUCCAGAUGAUUCUUCUUCAUGCUCGGAUAAUGAAAAUGGAGCUUCAGAAUUGGCUUCAAAUGGUAAAACUCGCAAACAAAGUAGACAGUUAGCUGCAAGAAAUGCUUUGUCUGAGCACUAUCAAGAUUGUAAUGCUUUUAAAGCAGAUAUGGUUUCAAAUGCCAGAGUCGAAAUAGAACCAAACAGAAACAAACCAAAUAAAAUAUUAGCUUCGAAAAAUUCUUCCCUUCAGCGUAAUCAGGAUGAUUCCGUCUCUUCCUCAGAUUCUGGAGAUAAAAAUGCUGCUUUAAAAAUAAAGAAGCAUUUAAGUGUCAAAAAUCAUCAUCUGCAAAGUAGGCAAUUAACUGCAAAAAAUGCUUUGUCUGAGCAUCAUCACUAUCAUUCAGAAAAUGAUACUGCUUUAAAAGUGGAUAAGGCUUCAAAUGCUAAAGUUCAGCACAGACAAAAUAGAAAAUCAGUUGCUAGAAAUGCUUCAUAUCAACAUCGUCAGAAUGAUUCAGGCCCAUCCUCUGAAUCAGAAAGUGAAAAUGAACUUGUAAGAGCAGAUAAGGGCUCAAAUGUUAAAACUCAUCACAAAGAAGAGAGACAGUUAGUUACGAAAAAAUUUGCAGCUGAACAUUACCAGUAUAAUUCAGAAGAUGAUGAUCCAGCUUUAAAUAGAGAUACGAUUUCAGAUGAUGAAGCUCAUAUCGAACAAGAUGGAAUAUUAAAUGCUUCACAUGAACACAAUUUGAAUGUAAUGCACAUUCUGAGUGAUGUAAGCCCUUUCUCUGAUUCAGAAGAUGAAGUUGAACCUUUGGAUGUAAAUAAAAGUCCAAAUUUUAAAACUCAUCACAAACAAAACAGACAAUUAACUACAAGAAAUGCUUCACAUGAACAUUAUCAAGAUGAUACAAAUGAUAAGAAUACGGAUUUAAAAGAAGAUAAGGCAUCAAAUAUCAAAGUUCAUCGUAAGCAGAACAGAAUAUUAAGCGCAAGAAAUGCUUCAUAUCAACACCAGCAGGAUGUAGAGCCAUAUUCUCAAUUAGAAGGAAAAGAUACAACUUUAAAAGUAGGUAAAGCUUCGAAUGUUAAAAUUCGUCAGGAACAUCAUCAAGCUGAUACAGACUCGUUCUCAAAUGUCCAAGAUGAAGAUACUGUGCUAAAAGUAGAUAAAUCUUUAAGUGCAAAAGUUCGCCAUAGUCAAAGUGAAAUAUUAACUUCAAAAAAUGCUUCUUAUCGACAACAUCAAGAUAUUCCAGGACCCUCUGAUUUGGAAACCAAAGGUGAGAAAAAUAAGGGUAAAAGAAGCCGUUUGAUGAAUUCUACGAGAAUUCCUCUGAAAUCAAAAGAUUUACAAGAACUGCAAAGUUUUGAUAAUUUACUAGUUAGUCCUAUUAUGCCACACACACCUGGGAAAUCUAAACCAGUGCACAAUCAUAAAGAAACACAAAACAAGUCACAAACUGAAGUACUUGAUAAAGGAUACAUUGCUUCUGAAGAUAAACUGUCCAAGAGUUCUUCUGCUGCUGCAAACAAAGUCAAUAAUAGAACACAUUCUUAUGUAGACCAUCAGCAUGAUGGAAAUGAUGCAGAUUUAUGCAAAAGUACUGUGAAUAGGCUAAAGAAUUCAAGCAGAACACGGCAAGAAGCUACAUAUGCUGAAACCAUGGAUGAAUCAGAUGGAGAAGUCACACAUAUUUCUACCAAAUCAGUUACAAGAAAACAUGAAAUUUCCUACAAAAACGAAGAAAAGAAACAUGAAACAGGAAAAGAUAAGAAUAAAAAGGUGCCAUCUAGAAAAGACAUUCAUAUGAAGGAUGAUGUUCCUACUGCUCUGUUAUUAAACAAAAGUCCUAAAAAGGGGGGUUCUAAAGCAUUAAAAUCUCCGAGAAAAAAGAUGUUGGAAACUAAUUCAAAGGCAAAAGAAAAUAUGUUGAAUAGUGAGAACAUUGUACAACACCGUGAACUGUCAAAGAGACUUAGUAAAGAUAACGCCAGUGAGCAUGAGUUACAAAAAAAUAAGAAGUCAAAGACAUUAGAUUCUAAAGCCAUAGCACCACCAACCAAAACUGCUUUGAAAAUCAAUUCAAAAGCAAAAGAAAGGAUAUUAAAUGAUGAACGUGUUGAACUGCUUGAAGGCGAUGUCAAUGAGCCUGAGUUACAGAAUAAGAGAAAGACACCUUUAAAAAAGAAACCGCCAAAAGCUACAUCCAAGUAUUUAAAAAGUAAGACCCAGCCAGAAUUCUCACAUCAGAACAGUGAAAGAACUGCUGUUUUUUCAGUAGAAAAUGUAUUAAAUAAUGAAAGUGUUAUACAGCAUGGUGAACUGUCAAAGAGACUUAGCACUAAUGAUGUCAGUGAAUCUGAAUUAAAUCCCAGGUCAAGAAAAAUAAAUUCUAAAACCUUAACAUCACCAAGCAAAACAGUUUCUAAAAUUAGUUCUAAACAGAAACAUGUUUCUAAAACUUUGAAAAAUGGGUCCAAAGCACCAAUUUCGCCUAAGACUAAGCUGAACAUUAGUGCACAAAAUAUGUCCAAUAAAGGCACCCAUUUUGCUCAACAUAACAUUCAAAAUAGAGAGAAUGACCAAUCAACAUUGAAAAUGACAUCUUUGAAAAAGAAGCCACCAAAAGCUAUUGCUAAAUCUUUGAAAAGUCAGAGACAGCCUGAAUGCUCUCAUCAAAACAGUGAAGCAACUGCUGAUUUCACAGUAGAGACGUACUCUGAUGACGUUGAUGAUGAUGCCCCUGUAGCAAGUCCUGCAAAAAAACGUAGGACUGAAAAUCCAAAUGACGACAGGGUGAAAAAUUGUUGCGUUCUUUUAGAUAAUAUUUCUAGGGAGUCGAUGCAAAAGGACCGUAGCCCUGCCAAUAAAAACCUAAGUGAUUCUUGA